UAGACUUUAUCUAUCAUAUCCAUCACAGAUAUCCAUAUUGCAUAGCCAUAAUUUAUCAAAAAAUAAUUAGUGAACAUAAAAAUAAAUAAAUAACAAUCAUGUCAAUUUUAAACAGGUAAAGUUAACUACAAAAAAGGUGCAAGAACUCUUAAAACUGUACAACAAACGAAUUAGUUAUGAGUGAUAAACAAAGUUCAACUUCACCUCCUGAAAUCGUUAAAACAGAGGUUGAAAACAAAUCUAAUGAAAAGGAUGGCGAGGACAUUGAUGACGAGGUAUCCGCCCGGAUGACCGCUUCAUACAGUGAGAUAUCUUUUCAUUCUGACAAUGGUCAAAGUACUGAUGAACAAUCCAAAGAACCUGGGCCUUCAAGACCAUACGAUCUCCCUUCUGAAAAUCGUAAGCAGGAAAAAAUACCCUUGGAUGGGCAGUUUCACUAUGAAGGUGACAUGACACAUUAUGUAGCUGAUGAUUUAGAAUUUAAGAUCAAACUCUCUAGUCCAAUAGCAAAAAGAGGUGAAACUCCAAUCUUUGGUAGUUCUAGUGCAUCAAGAUCUAGCACACCAUCUGGAAAACUUUACCGACAAAUAUUGGCCCCCCAGAUUGGCCAAAUAGACAUAACAGUAUUAAACGACCUUGAAUAUGAAGCUCAAAAGAUUGCGCAGUCUGUUGACAAUUUGAUAGAGAAUCUAUCCAGUAUUUUACAUUCCAACUCCUCACUCACAGCAGAAAACAUGGAAGUUUAUAGAGACGCUGUGGGAAAAACAUGUGAUGCGAUGGAUAAUAAUAUAAAAAGUAUGUACACAAUCCUUGCAAAAGGGGAAGAGGUUUCCCAGGCUAUGGUUCCAGUACAAGCUCAAGCAGCAAGGAUAGCUGAGAUUAAGCGGCUUUUACAAAUAUUUGAAAGCUAUUUCUGAAGUUUGAUUUAAGUGAAAGAUGAAAACCUGUACAAUCUAAACGAAAUCGAAGAUGUGUCUGUAAAAUGAACAAUUGUGUGGACUAUCAUGUUAUUUGAUUGUAGAAUAUCUAAAGAUAAAUAUUUACAACAGCUUAUGGAUUAGAAUUGAUAAUUAUUAAGGUUAGUUUUACAAAUUUAUUCAAGAAGUGUUAAAGUAAACUGCAAGUUUGUAUUAUGUUGCUUUGAAAAUAAAAGCUUAAGGCGAGAAACAUA